CGUGAGAAACAGCGAAAACUUUGCGACGUUGAUAAUAUUUGGUGUUUCAAAAUAAUCGUUAGCUUGUUGCCGUCUCCGAUUUUAAGUUACAUUUUGCUCGGCAGUGAUAUUUAUGUUUUCUCUAAUUUACCGUGUAUUCGAUCGAUUUGACAAGCUUGCCUGCUUAAACUUGUUUAUUUGUUGCUUAUAAGCACAUGCAUUGAUAUAAAGGGUGUGUCUGUCUUACCCAGUAAACCAUGAUCGCGGUGGAGAAAGGACUUUAUAUUGGAUCUGUGUCGGAUCUGAAGAACGAUCAGAUCCUGAAGGAUGCGGGUAUAACUCACAUAUUGACUGUUGAUUCAGAAAAACCAGCUCUUACUGGAUUUCACACGAAAUUUGUCCGUGCACUGGAUGAUGCGUCUACAGAUCUCCUCAGCAAACUCAACGACUGCAUCAGCUUUGUAGCGGAAGCUCAGUCUGAACGGUCUGCUGUUCUUGUGCACUGCCAUCAAGGUCAAAGUAGAAGUGCUGCUGUGGUGACCGCUUAUCUGAUGAAAACACAAAGCCUGAGUUUACAUGAUGCAUAUACCAAACUUCAAAACCUAAAGCCUGAUGUUAAAAUGAAUGAAGAGUUUCUGGACCAGCUGGCUCUUUUUGAAUUAAUGGAUUGCGAAGUAGACACCACAAAGCCCUUAUACAAACAAUUUAGAUUAAGGAAGAUUACAGAGAAAUAUCCAGAGCUCCAGAAUGUUCCAAAAGAGCUGUUCGCUGUUGACCCUGACCAAACCCAAAAUGCCGAGGCUGUUUACAGAUGUAGAAAGUGCAGGCGUACACUUUUCCGCCACUCCAGCAUUCUUAGUCAUUGUGUGGGAGGUGGAGCAUCAUCGUUCUCUCAUAAAAAGACAAGGAUGAUGACCCCUACAGCUGAAGAUCAAAGACAGUGCACAUCUUACUUUAUAGAGCCAGUGCAGUGGAUGGAGCAGGCUUUGCUCGGGGUUUUGGAUGGACAGCUUUUGUGUCCCAAAUGCAACUCAAAGCUGGGCUCCUUUAACUGGUAUGGUGAACAGUGUUCAUGUGGCCGCUGGGUGACACCGGCCUUCCAGAUACACAAGAACAGAGUGGAUGAAAUUAAACACAUCAGUAUAUCUGCACUCAAGUGACCCACAAAUAAACAUUUCUAUGCCAUGCUUGGGAUUCCUGUGUUGUUAGUAAUAUUGAUGACUUUAUAAAAGGAAAUUACAUUGUAAUUACAUUGUAAAAAAUAUUUUGCAUUGUUAACGCACCCUCGUCUCAUUUCAAACUUGAAUGACUUUCUGUCCUUUGAAGAACACAAAUAAGAUACUUUGAAGAAUGUUUAUAACCAAACAACAUUGGUCCAUUUGAUUUAAUUUGUAUGGAUACAAAACCACUGAGACAUUUCUCAAAAUAUCUGUGGAAACAUAUCUGGAAUUGACAAUGUUUUUGUCGUUAAAGUGCACAUUACUUUUAACAUGCUUUCCUUCCACUGGGUGGCGUCAUAUAACCAGAACUGUACAGCUUUACAUAUUUUUUCAGAAAGAGCAUUCAUUCAGUGUUAAACUGCCAAAUAUUGACGCUUGGAUUUCAAACAGUGAUUCAGUUUAAAUCCUUCUACUUGUAAAGCUCGCAAUGGUCCCUACUACUAAAUCUGCAGCUGAAUUAUUGAAGACAAAAAUCAGAGCAUGAUUUAUGCUGUUUGUUAUUUUAUAUUUGUCACUAACACAUUGCUUUUAAAGCUUUUGGCAGAAUCUAUGUUUUGGCAUUGAAUGAAGCCAGUUUCUAUGUA